AUGACUCUAACAAACAUUGAUCAUGAGAAGCAAAUAUACUGCUUCAAAGUCUUCUAUGCAUUUCUUGUGGUGCUUUUACUACGCAUGAACAAUCCUUGCAUUGGAUGCAGUGAGAGGGAGAUGCAAGCCCUCCUUGCAUUCAAACAAGGCCUCGUGGAUGACGACAAUAGCCUCCUUUCAUGGGGAAGAGAAGUGCAAAACAAAGACUGUUGCCAAUGGGACGGAGUCUACUGCAGCAACCACACUGGCCAUGUUGUUAAGCUUGAUCUUGGAGACCAAUCUUUGGAAGGUACGAUUAGUCCAAAACUUGUUGAGUUGCAGGAUUUGGAGUAUUUGAAUCUUAGUUUGAAUAAUUUCCGUGGUAGCCAAAUUCCAGAUUUCAUUGGAUCUUUUAGCAAUUUAAGAUACCUCAAUCUCUCUAAUGCAAAAUUUGGAGGUGAAAUUCCAUAUCAACUUGAAAACCUGACACGCUUGGAAUAUCUCGAUCUCAGCUCGGAUGAAUACGGGUGGUUUGAUGACUCUAUUUAUGCAAAAAACCUCAAUUGGCUCCCUAAUCUUUCAGGUCUGAAACACUUGGACCUAAGUUCCACUAAUCUCAGUUAA